UAAGCUCUAUAGAAAUAAGCAGUUAAAUUAAGAAAUACAGUUGUGAACAAUUAUUUAUAUAUUAGUAGUGUGUGAUAAUUAAAGAAUUUCGAAAAUGGUUGUUCGACAGUAUAACGAGGAGUUAAAGUAUUUAGAAAAGCUCAGUGAUCAUUGCUGGAGAAUUAAAAAAGGCUUUCAACCAAAUAUGAAGGUUGAAGGUGUAUUUUAUGUUAAUAAUACACUUGAAAAAUUGAUGUUGGAAGAGCUGAGGAAUUCAUGUAGGCCAGGGGCUGUAGGAGGAUUUUUACCAGGAGUUAAACAAAUUGCAAAUGUUGCGGCACUUCCUGGUAUUGUAGGAAAAUCAGUUGGUUUGCCAGAUGUACAUUCUGGUUAUGGUUUUGCUAUUGGAAACAUGGCAGCUUUUGAUAUGGAUGAUCCAAAGUCUAUUGUUUCACCUGGUGGUGUAGGAUUUGAUAUUAAUUGUGGAGUCAGACUUUUAAGAACAAAUUUAUAUGAAAAAGAUGUUCAGCCAGUCAAGGAACAAUUAGCUCAAAGCAUGUUUGACCACAUACCAGUAGGAGUGGGCUCAAAAGGAAUCAUUCCUAUGAAUGCUAGAGAUUUGGAAGAAGCAUUAGAAAUGGGUAUGGAUUGGUCUCUUAGAGAAGGCUACAUUUGGGCUGAAGAUAAAGAACAUUGUGAAGAAUAUGGUAGAAUGUUAAAUGCAGACCCAUCAAAGGUAUCCAUGAGAGCAAAAAAGCGUGGUCUCCCACAGUUAGGAACUUUGGGAGCUGGUAAUCACUACGCUGAAAUUCAAGUUGUAGAUGAAAUUUAUAACAAGUCAGCAGCAAGUAAAAUGGGUAUUGAAGAAAAGGGUCAAAUAUGUGUUAUGAUUCACUCUGGGAGUCGAGGUUUCGGACAUCAAGUGGCUACAGAUGCCUUGGUUUUAAUGGAGAAAGCAAUGAAAAGAGAUAACAUAGAAGUAAAUGACAGACAGCUUGCCUGUGCUCACAUUAAUUCUCAAGAAGGGCAAGAUUAUUUGAAGUCUAUGGCCGCAGCUGCAAACUUUGCGUGGGUGAAUCGCAGUUCGAUGACGUUUUUAAGUCGACAAGCAUUUGCGAAACAGUUCAACAUGUCGCCGGAUGAUUUAGAUAUGCAUGUUAUUUACGAUGUUUCACAUAACAUCGCAAAAAUUGAAGAACACAUGGUUGAUGGAAAGCCAAAAACUCUUUUGGUUCACAGAAAAGGAUCAACAAGAGCUUUUCCACCUCAUCAUCCUUUAAUUCCAGUAGAUUACCAGUUAACAGGCCAGCCAGUAUUAAUUGGAGGUACAAUGGGCACGUGCAGUUAUGUACUUACCGGUACUGAACAAGGAAUGAAAGAAACGUUUGGUUCGACGUGCCAUGGAGCCGGUCGAGCGCUGUCUCGUGCAAAGUCCCGCAGAAAUUUAGAUUACCAAAGCGUACUAAACAAAUUAGAAGACAUGGGUAUUUCAAUUCGAGUAGCUUCACCAAAAUUAGUCAUGGAAGAAGCUCCAGAAUCUUAUAAAAACGUUACCGACGUUGUAAAUACAUGUCACGCAGCUGGCAUUUCGCAAAAGUGUAUCAAACUAAGGCCAAUAGCUGUAAUCAAGGGAUGAAAGUUGUCACUGGCAGUUGUGUUUCCUAAUACUUUAUAUGGAUUUCUACAAUUUACUAUA